AUGAAUCGGUAUUCCCCUGACCCGUCCGCCGUACACCGCUUUGUCCACAGGGUGGCGAUGAAGAGCUCCGAGCUGCUGUACCUGUACGGGGGGCUGGACCCCCGGGUUCGCUCCCUGGUAUUCAGCGUGCGCUGCUGGGCCCGGGCCCACAGCAUCACCAGCAGCAUCCCCGGGGCCUGGGUCAGCAACUUCUCCCUGACCGUCAUGGUGCUGUUCUUCCUCCAGAGACGCAGCCCUGCCAUCCUGCCCACCCUGGAGCACCUCAGGGGCCUGGCAGGCCCCGGCGACAGGAGCGUCAUCGAGGGGAACGACUGCACGUUCGUCAGCGACGUCAGCAAGGUCCAGCUGCAGAGCAACACAGAGACGCUAGCGACACUGCUGCAGGAGUUCUUCGAGUUCUACGGCAGCUUCGCGUUCAACAGGAUGUCUAUAGACAUCAGGAAGGGGAAGGAGCAGAACAAGCCCGAGACGUCGGCGCUCCACAUCCAGAACCCGUUCGAGCCCACCCUGAACGUGAGCAAGAACGUCAACGCCGCCCAGCUGGGCCGCAUGGUGACCCUCUGCCAGGAGGCGGCCUGGAUCCUCCAGCAGCAGGAGUUCAGCGCCCCGCCCGCCGCCCGGGACGCGGGCCCCAGCGGGGGGCACGCCACCUGGGGCCUGGCCGCCCUGCUGCUGCCCUCCGACCAGGCGGGCCGCACCACCAAAGGCCGCCAGAAGAAGAGGAUGGAGCCGGCCAGCGCCAGGAUCAAGAGCCUGCUGGAGAGUCUGAAGAGCCCGGCGCAGAAGAAGAAGAGCUAGGCUGGAGGGGGGGGGGAGAGAGAGGGGAGGUGACCAGGCUCUCCACCAGAGGGUGCUGUUCACAACCCUCCAUCGUUGGACUGUUGGUAGAGUGGUGACGGGCCACAAGCGGCCACUCUCGUCCUGGCCCCGAGGCAGGGCCGAGGCGGGACGGCGGACUCGGCGACGUGACUCUGCGACCGAGCGGUUCCGUGAUAGGCAGAGACUCUGUCUCCAUGGCAACGACACAACUCCACUUAAAGACGUGCUAAAACCGAAAACUUUGCACGCGCGUAUGUCUGUUUUUUUGUUUGUUUACUUAGGAAGUAAAUGUACAUGGCUUGUUGUGUUGUCAAAUAAAUGUCCUUAUACAGGAUGGACUUUUCAAACGUCACUGCAAAGCGGAGGGAAAUGAUUUUGUGCUGAAGUUGAUUCCAAUAGGUAGGAAAGGACGUUGUCGCUGUGGACUCCAUACCGUUUUGGGAACGACCCGUUCCGCGGUCCAAAAAGGAUGACGCAAUCGAGCUAACGCGUUUCCCCGAAGAAUGUUGCAACUCUUCCAGAGCCCCAUGCCGUCGGUCAGCUUGUCUUUGGAUCGGGCCUUGUGGUGUGGCUGAAGAAUGGACUGACCUUUCCCAAAAAGCGACUGGUUGAGCAAGCAUGCUGAAACUGUGGACAGGCACAUUCCACUUAGAACACAAGCCGCCUAGUAAACAGAGACAGAGGUUUCAACUCGGUUUCCAGAGUUUGCUCUAAGUGCCGGAACGCCGAUCGUGGCAUUCCCGAUCCCCUUUCGCUCUCUUCAGGACAUUGCAUUAGCAACUGAACCCCGAAACGCGAUCGUUCUCCAGGUAUUUUUCCGACAUUUUAGAGCCACGAUAAACAUACUCUCAUCUUCCGUUCAGCCUAAUUCUUUGGCACUCGGGCGUUCACGAAUGUACGUGAGCGUGGUCUGCGUGUGGGUGAUGGGGAAAGUGUGUGUGUGUGUGUGUCUGAGCCCAGCGUCCCUGGAGGCUGUUCUCCGGGAGCUGGAGUGUGCGUCCCACAGCUGUUUUUCCGCUCGGAGCAGAGCGAGGUCAGGGGGGGUGAGGAGAUCAAGUUUUAACGGUUCCUUCCCUCCGCCGCGGGGGCACGGGAGAGAGCGCGGCCCCCCCCAUCCCUAACCCCCCCCCCCCACCCUGCCCCG